GCAGAUGAGGUGCGAGCCGGGCCCUGCUGGCCGCUGAGGGCUGAAUUCGCCGUUUCUGGGCCAUGGCUUCCGAGAAGCCGCUGGUGGCGGUGACCUGCACCGCGCCUGUCAACAUCGCGGUCAUCAAGUACUGGGGAAAGCGAGAUGAGGACCUGAUCCUACCCAUCAACUCCUCUCUGAGUGUCACCUUGCACCAGGACCAGUUGAAAACCACCACCACAGCUGCCAUCAGCAAGGACUUCACCGAGGACCGGAUUUGGCUGAAUGGCCGGGAGGAGGACGUGGGGCAGCCCCGCCUCCAGGCCUGCCUAAGGGAGAUCCGCCGCCUGGCCCGGAAGCGGAGGAGCGCCGGUGAUGAGGACCCACUGCCCCUCAGCCUCAGCUACAAGGUUCACAUCGCAUCAGUGAACAACUUCCCCACGGCCGCGGGCCUGGCCUCCUCAGCGGCAGGUUAUGCCUGCCUCGCAUAUGCCCUGGCCCGGCUCUACGGGGUUGAGAGUGACCUCUCGGAAGUGGCUCGCCGGGGCUCAGGCAGCGCCUGCCGGAGCCUGUAUGGUGGCUUUGUGGAGUGGCAGAUGGGGGAGCGGGCCGAUGGGAAGGACAGCAUCGCCCGGCAGGUGGCCCCGGAGUCACACUGGCCCGAGCUCCGAGUCCUCAUACUUGUGGUGAGCGCGGAGAAGAAGCUGAUGGGCAGCACCGCGGGCAUGCAGACCAGCGUGGAGACCAGCUCCCUGCUCAGGUUCCGGGCUGAAUCGGUGGUGCCAGCGCGCAUGGCAGAGAUGACCCGCUGUGUCCAGGAGCGGGACUUCCAGGGUUUCGGCCAGCUGACCAUGAAGGACAGCAACCAGUUCCACGCCACCUGCCUGGACACCUUCCCGCCCAUCUCUUACCUCAGCGACACCUCCAGGCGCAUUGUCCAACUGGUGCACUGCUUCAACGCCCACCACGGGCAGACCAAGGUGGCGUACACGUUUGAUGCGGGCCCCAAUGCCGUGGUCUUCGCCCUGGAUGACACUGUGCCUGAGUUCGUGGCUGCCGUGAGACAGUGCUUCCCCCCCGAGUCGAACGGAGACAAGUUUCUGAAAGGGCUGCCCGUGAGGCCUGUCCCCCUCUCGGACGAGCUUAAAGCUGCGCUGGACGUGGACCCCACCCCCGGCGGUGUCAAGUACAUCAUUGCCACCCAGGUGGGACCUGGGCCUCAAAUCCUGGAUGACCGUCAGGCUCACCUCCUGGGCCCAGAUGGCCUGCCGAAGCCAGCCGCUUGACUGCCUUCCCCGAGGGGAGCCCCGGCCGCUUCGCUGGGACUGGGGAGCUGGGUGUGGCGGCUGGCGGGUCCGCGCUGGUUGGGCCCUGAGGGCUAGCCCCCAGGCUCCAGGCCGGAGCACGCGCUGUGGCUGAGUCGGGUCAGAGGAGUGAGCAUGUGCACCACCCAGGCCAUCGGGAAUGCCCCCCACCAAGGACCUCACCUCGCUCCAGCCUCACCCAGUGCUUUGCCGAGAAGAGAGCGGGUAUGAGCGCCAGGGAUCUGAUUCCGGGCGCUGAGCUGGACGGUGUGGAGCUGCCGGGCACCCCUUCAGAGGCCACUCCCACAGCCCCAAACAGCAGCUCUGCCGGACAUGAUGGGGAGUUGGCACCCCUCCUCAGAGCCGGAGGACAGGUCACCGCUGCAGACCUCAGGGACCCCCCACAGAAGCUUCAAGCCUGAGAUAGCCCCAUGGUCCCUCUGCCAGACUCAGGCAUGCGGCACAAAUGGAACGUUUCCUUACAGAAGGACCCCGGCUGUGUCUCCAGCGGGCGGUGGGCGAGCAGCACCCACGGAGCGUGCGGGCUGCUGGGAAUAAAGGCUGCCGGGCUGACCAGGG